GUUCACACAUAUCUGAGACGCUAAGGAACUGACGGCGUCUAAUCGACUUCAGUUUGUACAAUUAAUUCGGUGAUAUUGUAUGGAUAUCGGGGUAGUCUUCUGUACAUGAUUUAAAUGAAACAUAAGGGUGCAUUUUCACUUUAAGGGAUGAGGCGGCGUGGAAUUUUUGCAUGAGGAAGUGUGUAUCCAGGAGUAAAGAGGGGGGAACAGCAGAGGAUAAGACAGAGAAGGGGAACGCUAGAAGUUUGACCAGGGACGGCCGGAGCGAGAGUGAGGGAGAGGGUGCCGGUCACACAACAAAGGGGGGGGGAGGGCCGAGAGCAGUGCCAUGUCCCAGGGGUAAGACGAAGGCAGCCAGAGUCAGAGCCGGGAGCGGACGGAGACAUGAAGCUGAAGCAGCGAGUGGUUGUCCUGUGCGCCGUGCUGCUGCUGCUGGGACUGGCGAAGGUCUUCCUGCUGGACGGGGGCGAGGGCUCGGCGGCCAGCCGGAGGGACCUGCGCGCCUUCCGGAAGAUGGAGGCGGGGCUGCAGCUGGCCAAAGGGGCGCGGCUCACCCACACCUUGCAGUCGCCCUGGGAGGUGGCGGCGCAGUGGGUGGGGCCCCGGGAGGUGUACCCGGACGACACGCCGGAGAUGGCGGCGGUGCUCACGGCUCUCGCCAGCGCCCGGGUGGAGAGAGCUGACGUGGGCUACAAGGGCACCCAGCUGAAGGCCCUCUUAGUGCUGGAUGGUGGACAGAAGGUGGUCUUUAAGCCCAAGAGGUACAGUCGCGAUUAUGUGGUAGAGGGGGAGCCAUAUGCAGGUUACGACAGACACAACGCUGAGGUGGCGGCCUUUCACUUGGACAGGAUCCUUGGUUUCAGGAGAGCUCCUCUAGUGGUCGGGAGGUUUGUGAACCUGCGCACAGAGAUCAAGCCAGUGGCUACAGAUCAGCUCUUGAGCACUUUUCUCAUGCAGGGGAACAACACCUGCUUCUACGGCAAGUGCUACUACUGCCGUGAGAGCGAGCCGGCGUGCGCUGAGGGGGAGGUGAUGGAGGGUUCUGUCACCCUCUGGCUCCCAGAUGUGUGGCCCCUGCAGAAGCACCGGCACCCCUGGGGACGCACCUACAGAGAGGGCAAACUGGCCAGGUGGGAGUACGAUGAGAGCUACUGUGAGGCUGUCAAGAAGAUGCCCCCCUAUGACGCGGGCCCCAGGCUCCUGGAUGUCAUCGACACGGCCAUCUUUGACUACCUUAUCGGGAACGCCGACCGCCAUCAUUACGAGAGCUUCCAGGAUGAUGGAGGCGCAAGCAUGCUCAUCCUUCUGGACAAUGCCAAAAGCUUUGGAAAUGCAGCCCUUGACGAGAGGAGUAUUCUGGCCCCGCUGUAUCAGUGUUGCAUGAUACGCGUGUCCACGUGGAACCGUCUCAACCUGCUGCGGAGCGGAGCCCUGAGCGCCGCCAUGCGACAGGCCACGGCGCACGACCCCAUCGCCCCCGUGCUGGCCGAGCCUCACCUGGCCGCCCUGGACCGCCGGCUCAUCGGCAUCCUGGCCACCGUGCGGCAGUGCAUAGAGACGCAGGGCCCCGACAACACCCUGAUCGAGGACCGCAUGAACCUGCCGCACCCCUAGGGACAGGGGCACAGUGAGGAGCGGGGGGCUGGGAGACACGGAGUCCGGACGUUAACGCCAACCCCCCCGGCGCCACAGUGCAGAUGGGGCAGGCUAGUGCCCCACAGAUCACACUGACAGAGAGAAGAGAGGGGUAGUGAAUGAAGGAGUCAAGUGGACACAUUUUAAAGCGCUCUGAUUCUCCACCCCUCUCACCCACUGAUGCAACAGAACAGAUGUCCCAAGCGGUAAACUUUUAGUAACCGUAGCGGGUGUUUUUAAGUGUGAACAUGGGGAAUGCCAAAGUUUCUGAUUCAGAGCCUCUUCAGAAGAGUACCGUCGCCAUUGGAAUUACUGUUGUAGACUCAGGACUCAUUGAGCCAGGGAAAUCGGAGGCCUUAGUCCCAGUGUGCUCACAGUGACAUGCACUUGUGCCAGGAAUAAACACUGAAUAAACACUCUUCAGACAGACGUCUGUGGAGAGGAGAGUGGGGGAGCGAAUUCUCCCACAUUGAGAAUGACCGAUGUGAGCAAAGUCUGCUUGCAGUGUUGAAGAGUGAAUCUAUGAACUGAACGUGUACAGUACUAAUUGUGAAAUAAUAUUAAUAAAUAAGGAUUGUAAUAAUAAGAAUAAUAAUAUUAAAAGAAACCUAAUAUAGUGUCAGAUUUAAUUACAGUACUGUAUAUUGAGAUGGGGUGGGGUUUGGGUUGGGAUUGGGGUUGGGGGAAUGAGGAAUGGGGGCAUUAGGGUUGGGUUUGCUGCUGAUCUCCAGGUAGGACCAUGGACAUUUUGGGGCAGGGUAAAGUAUGGAAGGUACUAUAAGGGCUUAAUAAGGAACCUUUUCUUUAUUAAAGAUUAAAUGUUUAAAUUUGUAUCUGCCUCGUCAUUAAAACUGGAAUUAAUUGUGGGUUUUAAUUAAAUUAAAGUUCCAUUAAAGUUCCAUUUUU